AUGACGCGUUCAUCGCCUCUGCGGAGGAGCCAAUUCUCCAGUCCCGACCGCGGCUACCGAUCCAGCUUUCUCUUCGACGAGCGCAACACCGAGCUGAGCCAUCGCGAUGCCCUGGCGGCCGCGCAGGCGGAGCACGAGCGGAUCCGCGAGGCAGCACUGCGUGUCUACGAGUUGCACGAGCUCAAGGAGGAGCAUCAGCGCAUCCUGGACCAGGAGAGGCGGGAACAGGAGAGGCUAAAAGCAGAGGCCGAGAUUGCCGCGGAAGAGAAGAGGCUGCAAGAGCUCAAGGCCAAGACGAUACCGAAACCAGCCCCUCCCCCGCCCGCACCCGAGCCACCGAAGCAGGUCGAGAAACCACAGCCGGCGUCGCCAGCAUCUCUGGAGCCGAAGAAGCCUGCCGAGGCAGCCCCAACCCAAGCAAAGGCUACGCCGCAACCCGCCGCGCCUCAACUGAAUGGAGUCUUUGGAGGUCAGGCCAAGCCUGCUGCUGGUAGUCCUUUCGGAACGCCGCCAGCAGCUGCCGCCGCACCACCAAAGCCCGUUGGCACAACACCGGCGAUCCAAUCCAAGCCCACACCUGGACAGCAAGCUCCUCCCCAGCCACAGAAGCAAGCACGGCCUGCGGCACAGCUCGGGGCAGAUCGAUAUAUACAGAUCCAUCAGGAGUUGAAGAAGCUAAGAAAGGACCUCACGGCCCAGUCCAAGGUCCCUGGAUCACCGUUGAAGGGAAAGAUGGGCACGUUUCGGAGAGAGAUUCGCGUUGCUAUUGGCCAAUUGACUGGUGGCAAGGGUGCAAAUGCUCAACCAACGAGCAAAAUCAUGGGCAUUCUGCGCGAGUCGCUUGGGGGACAGGUGCCUAGCCCUCCCAUUCAGGUCGGCCGCUUCGUUGUGGAACCCCGUGAGCCGGUCGAAGGCGCCACCUACAACGAAGAAACCCUUCCGGCCCUCUUCAUUUACCUCAUCAACAUCUGUGCAAAGGGCGUCAUUAGUCAAUUCAUCAAUGAGUGCGGCCCGAACCCGAAGGCUGCGGACCCCAUCGGCGUAUUCACGGCGCAAGUCUUCUCACACAAGGACUUUCAGUGGCGGGGGAAGUCUCUGAUCGACAUCCUUAUCGCCAAGUUUCGGGUUGUCUGCCCGGUGUUGUUUGGCUUCCGGGGCAGCGACAGGACGGAACGUGGCCGUCUCGCCAUCGGUUGGCGCAAGGAUGGGCCGUCAUGGAUCACGGAACAGAGCCACAAUGACAGGAUGGCCGGCCUUGGCGCCGGCUUUGCGUCAAUUUCUCUCCGCGACUUCAGCAAGGCCUCCAAGGUCAACCCGUAUCCGCCCACACACUACUGGAAGGCCAUGGCCGGCAUUAUCAACACGCCGCCCAACGAGACGUCCAACACGCAGUACGUCGUCCUGCGGUCAAUGAUAGACGGUCACGAGCAACGAUUUCUCAACUUUUAUGGCAAUGCCGCGGUGACCGCGCUGCGGCUCGCCCUCGUCGAAUUCCCCAAGAAGGCGCCUCAGAACGCCUCUGCUGCCGGGUCAUUGCUCGCGCUGGCGGAGGUGCUGAAGACCGAAGGUGGACUGGUCCUGGCUUAG